AUGGCGAAUGCCAACAAGACUGUAGCUAUCAGUGACAUCCAUCCUUGUUAUCAAAUAGAUAAUUUAUCUUAUGUACUGACAAAUAGCCCUUCUUUCACGUGUGUUUCUUUGUACAUAUUUCUCGCAUUAUUGUCUGUGGUCACAAUAUGUGGCAACUUUCUUGUAAUAAUAACCAUCCUUUACUUCAAACAGCUCCAAAAUCCGACCAACUACCUCAUUCUCUCGCUGGCUGUGGCUGAUGUGCUUGUGGGUCUCAUAGUCUUUCCCCUCAGCAUGGCUUUCUCACUGAGCUCCUGUAUCUAUCACGAGGAUCUGUUCUGCAAAAUACGAGGCAGUUUUGACAUAUCGCUCUCCACAUGCUCUAUUUUAAACCUCUGCUGCAUUUCCAUUGACAGAUAUUAUGCAGUGUGUCAGCCUCUGACAUACAGGGCUAAAAUGAAUCACUGUGUUGUUGUGAUCAUGAUAUUGAUCAACUGGGGCGUUUCGGCUCUGAUUGCAAUUGGUGUCAUGAUUGCAGGAUUACAGAGUGAAGAUUGUGAAGAAAGGUGUUUAAUUGAUCUUCUCAUGGAAAACACUAUUGGGCCUAUUUUAUCUUUUUACUUACCGGUCGUCAUAAUACUCUGUAUCUAUCUGAAGAUUUUGCUUGUCGCGUUGAGACACGCGCACAGCAUUCACGUCUCAACAAAGCCCGGAGUGACUGUCAGUAAGAUUGAGAGAAAAGCCACUAAAACUGUAGCAAGCGUACUUGGAGUGUUUCUGAUUUGUUGGACUCCUUUCUUUCUUUGUAUAACUUUUCUGCCUUUUAGCGACGUUUUCGUGCCGGUUCCAGUCAUAGAAAUGCUUAACUGGCUGACACUGUCCAACUCAAUGCUUAAUCCAUUCAUCUAUGCUUUCUUUUACAGCUGGUUCAGGUCUGGCUUCAAGAUGAUUAUAUCAGGGAAAAUAUUCCAGGGUGAUUAUACUAAUUCAGCAUUGCUUUGA